GAAAGCUGAGCUCUUCCUCCAACACCCCUUCCUUCCGACCACACUCCUUCCCUGAAACAUUUCUUUGAUGUUUGAGGAGGAAGAGUGAGAAAAUCUGAUCGCUUCAACAUCUAGAAUCCACCAUGGAGUGGUAUACCAGCAGAACAAAGCUCCAACCCAGGUUUUGAACCCUCUCAAGAUUUAUACCAGUGCAGACACACAGACCCCUUCAUGUAGUAACGUCGAAGGACAGAAGUUGGACAGCUGCAUCAAUGAUUAUGAGUCAUCCCAUACGGGAAAACAACUUCUUUGUAAAAGUGGGAUGAGCGAAAAUUACAAUCGGGACUCCGCCUCCAGCCGCACCGCACUGACAUUGGGAGCAGGCAACUGCAAAGAAAUGAUUUGGGUUUCUUCAUGUCCGAACUAUGGUGGGAUCAGCCUGCCGCAGUGAGAGUGAGCACAGCACAGUGUUCCUUACUACACAAUCGACUCAGUUUAAACCCUGGUCAGGCGAGUAUACCCAGCGCAAGGGCUGCAGCAGUGCACGGUCAGGAACUUCCAUCACCGACAGCUCAAGAAAUCCAAUCGAUCAGAGGCAGACGAAGGAGAGAGCCGCUGAGUUUGGCACCUCCUGCCCACGCCCCCUACUUGAAUCAGAGCGCGACCAUGGGCCCUCCUGUAAUAAGCAGAUAAACUUGGGUACAGAACAUGAAACCGUAGAAGAAGGACUAUCUAGUUGUUGUUUCAGAAAGAUUGCGAUGCCUUUUCUGGAAGAAAGUUCUCUACUUGGAGACCUCUCACUAAACAUACCUGUCACGAUUAUAGGAAAUGGUCCUUCUGGAAUAUGUCUUUCCUAUCUGCUCUCUGGAUAUAGACCUUACAUGGCAACAGGGGCUAUACAUCCAAAUCCUAUCCUUCAGGGCAAGCUGGAAGAAAGAAGGCAUCUUUCUGUUGUAGAUCAGGAUCUGAGAUAUUUAUCUGAAGGUCUUGAAGGCAGGUCAUCCAACCCUGUGGCACUUCUCUUUGACACCCUUCUUCACCCUGAUGCAGACGUUAGGUUUGACCACCCAUCAGUCUUACAGUGGAAGCUUGAAAAACACAAGUGCAUUCCACAUUUGGUGCUGGGGGAAGGUCUGCCUGGUGGUGCGUGGCAUGUAAUGAAAAGAUCCAUGCUGACAAUUAGCUUGGACAACUGGAUGGAGUUACCUGGAUUGAGAUUGAAAGAUUGGACCAACAGUAAAUGGAGAAACCUGCUGAAUGACAGAGCAACUCCAGAGGAAAUAGCUUCAUAUUAUAAUGACUAUGUUAAGAUUAUGGGUCUUCAGAAAAACUUUGUUAACAACACUUGGGUCACUUCUGUCUCAAAGCUGCAACAAGAUCAAGAGCAUGGAAAGGACAAAUUGCUUAAAUGCGUUAAAAAGGAUAUCACAACACAACAGUCACCUACAACUGAAAAUGGAUCAGCUCACGACCUUUGGGAGGUCAGAGGAUUUCAAAGAAUUGGAGAUGAAUCACAUGUGCCUUUUUGCCUUUUGACUGAGAAUGUUGUCUUAGCCACUGGUACCUACGAUUUACCUGUGAGGUUGGGGGUUGAAGGCGAAGACCUGCCUUUUGUAUUCCACUACGUCUCAGCCUUUGAGUCUGCCAUCAAAAGCUGCAAAGUCAACCAGUUAUCAGAUCCUGUUCUCAUUGUUGGUGCAGGGCUGACUGCAGCAGAUGCAGUAUUGUGUGCCUACCGUCACAAAAUCCCUGUCAUUCAUACAUUCCGAAGAAAUGUCAAUGAUCCAGGUUUGAUCUUCAAACAGCUUCCUAAAAAGCUUUAUCCAGAAUAUCAUAAGGUUUAUCGCAAAAUGUGCAAGCAGUCUUACACCACCACUUCUCACUCUAACUAUACAAGCUUCCCUGAAAGUUGCAUUGUCUCUUUCCAACCAGAUAUGAAAUGCAUUCUUCAGAGUGCCUCAGGAGAGAACAUUAUCCUAAAUAUCUCAAUGGCGCUAGUGCUGAUAGGUACUUACCCUAAUCUAUCCUUUCUUAAAGAGCACGGAAAGUACUUGGGAAUAGACCCAAGUAAGCCCAUUUCAUGUAAGCAAAAUCCAGUUGAAAUUGAUCCCUAUACAUUUGAGUGUACGAAAGAGGCUAGCUUGUUUGGAAUGGGCCCACUAAUUGGAGACAACUUUGUCCGCUUUCUGAAAGGUGGAGCUUUGGGCAUCACAAGUUGUUUAGUGAAGCGCUUGAAGAAAAAAGAACAGUUAAUUUCUGAAAAAAAGAAUUGAGGGGUAAUAAAUAUCUGGAUUAAUGAUGAAUUGUGACAGCUAUAUUUGCAACAAAAAAUUAGAAACAGUGGACUUUUAGCAAUAACUUCAAGAUACAGGAAGUUAGUGAGGAUCCUGCCCAAGGUGUGAUAAUGGGAUGGAGAGAAGGAAAUAGUUAACUUGUACUCAAUUUGUACUCGGUAGUAAUACUGCAAAAAUUAAAAAUGCACACAUUUCUUAAGGUAAAAAAUGGAAGUGAACUGAGGAAGCAAUUAAAAAGGCUGUACAAGUCCAUUCAAAGAAACCCAUUGUUAGAAUUGGAUAUCAAAAUAGAAUCAAUCUGUAAAAUGUACACAUAAAAAUGAAUGCAAAAUUAAAAUCCCAUGUCAGAGUUGCUGGAUAUGUCAGCAUUCUGCCCGUCUAUUUUUUUCCUUCAUUUCACUUGCCAGUUUAUUAUUUUUAAUCAGCCAAUGUUCCUUUGCACCUUGUUCCUGGUAGACAGUAAGAUGAUGUGAACCUUUCAGUAACUGUAGUGUUUUCAAUCUCAACUAUUCUGUUGAGGAAACAUCCCUAACACAUGUAAAAACCUUCAAUUGUUGAGCAUCCUGCAAAGCAUUCUGAUUCUAAACAGGUUCCUUCAUCUGAUGAGAAAUUGUUUUGACAAUUUAGAAUAUUUAAAAUGGAGCUGCAUAUGUUAUGAAUUAUCUCUAUAGGUGACAUCACUGUUCCAGCAAGAAAAUCAGUAUCUGCGGGUGUAUAUUAACUCCCUGGUGUUACUUUUCAACUUCAACCAAUGAAAUCUCACCCAGUGACAUCAAGGCAUUAAAUACCCUAGCAGGGAGAUUAUAAUGGAGCUGCCUAAGAUGGUAAUUAGGUCGCAGCUGGAGUAUGGUUUGCCACACUAUAGGAAAAAUGUGACCGUACUAGAGAAUGUUGCCUGUCCUGAAGCAAUUCAGUUAGAGAGACUCGAUAAGCUGGAGUAAUUUUCAUGGGGCUGAGGGGGAACUUGAUUGAGGUGUACAAAAUUAUGACAGGCACAGAUAGGGCAGAUAUGACAUAAUGUUUCUGCUUAGUAGAUGAAUCAAUAUCUAGGAAAUAUAGAUUUGAGAUAAAAGGAAGGAGGGUUAGAGAGGAUUUUAGGAAGACUUUUCACCUAAAGGGUAUCUGGAACUCAGUUCUGAAAGAGUAGUAGAGACAGGAACCAUGACAUUCAUUAAAACCAAACCAGUAUAUAUCUGGGAGAAAUCCAAACCAGAUUCCACUCUGAAAGAGAAAAGAAAUACUGCACUAGUAUCAUAAUAUUUAAGAAAUAUUUAGAUCAUCACUUGGAAAGCUGCAAAAUGCAAGGCUACAGGUGAAUUUCUUGGAAAUGGGAAGUGUUAAACAGUUAGGAAGUCAUGAACAGUGAAUAUCAACAUUUCUAAUGUGCUGUUACUGAAAAUGAUUUCCUGAUGGAAGUGCAAACUUGGAAAAUUAACUGGAUAGUUUUAUUAAAAGUUAUUGAAUGGAAACUAUUUAUGAAUAUUUGCUUAAAUCCAAGGUAUUCUUUUAUUGAUAAAGAUGUCAAAGAUUACGGUUGAGGAAUUUUGCUGGUUUUUAAGGAAUCUUCAGGCCUGUACAGUUGUGUGAAUUAUCCUGUUAUUUGCGCAAUCUCAGUCCGAACGCGAUCCCAGAUUGAUAACUUGGAUAAAAACCCAAAAACACAUGGCUGAGCAUGCUUAGAAGUGGGCUGAGCAUUGAAGUUAAGGUGAGCAUAAUUAAUAUAAUGAAAACAAUCAAUCCCCUGACAUGCUUCAUUUGGUGUGCUGGUUUGCCCUUUGCAAAGAGCAAGUAUGCAGGCAGAUACAAUAGUUUGAACCAGCCUGAAGAGCUAACACUCUAAUUUUCAAAAAUUGUGGAAGAUUUCCAAUGUAUUGAAAAGGUACAAGAACCAUCAACUGUCCCCUGGAUGAAUAACUGUCAACAUGUGAUAGAAAUAAGGCACAUCUAAUCUGCUCAUGCCCCUGCAAGAGUUGUUGUAAGCCACAAAUGAUUCUUGCACUUUAGCUCUCGAGCUUAAAGCUACCUCAGUUCCAAGAAAUCCACAUCACAUCAUUCAACCCAAGCACGAGACAUCAUAUAAAAGUGCAUUACAUUAGGAUUAAGAAUAUGUACUAAACAGAUAUCAGAAAGUACACUAAUAAGCAGUGAGCACAUCUACACAUUGAAUGGAUUUUGAUUAAAGUUACGGUUGCUCUGAAGUUGUAUAUACUUGUUUUUUAUACAGUUUAAAAGUGGAAGCGGCACAAAUGGAGACCAUGUGAAUUAAGUAUACAGGCUUUGUAAUUACAUGUAGGUUAGUGGCGAGAGAAAGAUAUACAAACAUGAUGCAAGAAAUAAUUAUGUUUUUGUACCCUUUCAGGUGCAUUGUCCUACUGCUUCAGCAAGUGCAGACUGAUAUAGUUUUGCUUUUAUCCACAUAACAAUUUGCUAACAUGCAAUUAACUGCACUCCAUGAUCAGGCUAGCUGCUGCAAUCAAAGGCAACAGUCUCAAAGAGAAUCUAUUUUGUGCCAAUUGUCCAGCGCUAGUAGCAGCUAGAAAGUACUUAGCAAGUUAAAAAUAUUGUUAAUAGGUAUUCUGCAGAUUUUAAAAUUGUUCAGACAUUCUGGUAGACUCAGGCCUUAACUCCAAUGUGAGGUUCCUGAAAAAGUUGUAAACUCCAUCAAGAGCUAGUUACACCAGAUCCUUUUUUUGCUAUCAAGGUACCCAUAUCUGUCUUUAAGUCCGUGUUUCCCUAAGGUCACCAAAGACAGCACAGAUAGUUCUGAGUUAGCACAUUCUUAGCCUUAAACUGACAGCAAAAAAUUGCUU